AUGUUGAAUGAGUCGCUCAUGGACGUGUUUGGCAUCCUAAAUGACCGUUCUGGUCCCACCGAUGAAGCUCGAGUGUAUAAACAGCUCUGGGAGCUAUUGAAACGCGAUCCUACGUCUAUUCAUGCGCUCUUGAGCCAUGAGUUCAUGAACAGGCCGAUUGAAGAGCUCGCGGGUUGUGUCGCGCAGGAGUGUCUUGAGAAGCGUCUUGUCUGCCUGUGCGUUCUCGAUUUCAGACUACGCUCUGGUUGUGUGCUUCCUAGUCCAUCUGAUGCCUUGAGCUCGAUAUUUAGCACCGUAUCCAUGGUUCAGGCGGACCCACAGGCUACCAACGCUUGCUUUCGCAUUUUGAGCACUGUUCUUGCAUUCGCGGAGAGCACACAGACAGUGGGCCUGCGACAAUGUGACGUGGACUGCAUUAGCAGUGAGCAUUUGGUGAGCGAGAACGCGGCAGUACUAAUGGACUAUGUUUACCUGGCACUGACACAUCCCUGGAUCAGCGAAAGCGAGGCUCAGCAAUGGCUAAGCGAGCUUUAUAGAUCUGGUGUUUUUUGGUGGCUGCGACAGAAACUACAGAGCACUGCAAAACUGGAUUUCCUGGAAACGCUCUUUGAAGACACUAUGAAGCGGGCGUACAACUCUUUUAUCCAGACAAUGCAAACAUUUUUACGUGCUCAAGGCAUCGCAAAGGAGUGGCAGUUUUGCGGUGCAUCCAAAUUUUCCGAGCUAUUCGACCCAAUGGUCCUCAAAAAUUGUGUCGAGGAUGCCCUCGCCGCUCUUAAGAUACAACCUAGAACCCGUGAUGCAGGGACCGCACCUCGGCUUCUGGCUCACCUCUCAAAGCGUCCCAUACAAUCCCGCGAUUUUUGGCAAGGGAUUAUGUUAGAUAGGCCCGCACUGGAUCUGAUGUGGAUCAGCCCAUCUCGCGAUAUGUUUACGCACGCUUCCAAGACAUAUAUGCACGAGUUUGCCAAACUUCAGUGUGAUAUCAAGAACUUCAUACUAAGGAUUAACUCUCGGUAUUCCAUCUCUCAUGGAAAAUUGACUGGAAAUAGCAAGUACGCUACGUCUGCUUAUGAGCUUGGUCAGGAUCCUGUGACAAAGUCGUGGUUUAUCAAAGUUGCCAAGACUUUUGCGCCCGAAGCUCAAGUUGAAAAAUGGGGGAAUAUACAAGGGAAACGCCUGUGUCUGUCCAGGCUUGAUGGCGCGUUCUUCGUGGUGCAGGUCGCCAGUGUUCACAAGGUUGGUGACAUGCUUCAGCUGUUCAUAGGAACUGAAAAUGUUUCUGGCCUCCAAAACUGUCAACUUCUUAGCGUAUUGAGCACCGAGCUGGAAUUUCAAGUCAAAGCAGUUGAUGACCUGUUAAAGUUUAACCUCGAAAAUGAAAGGUUACAGGCUAUGACGCCAAUGACCAACUUGGUCCGAAGCUCAUGCCCAUCAAAGACCGUUAUUCUCUCUAAUUUGUUCAGCGAUGAGCAGCAGAUAAAGAACUUCUUACACGAAAAUACUGAAAGUGUUAAGCAAAAGCCAAGUAAGAGACGCUUAGUUCCCGUGAAGGAGGCAAUAUCUCUAGAUUUGGAGAAGGGAAAAUGGGCAAUUGAGAAAGCAGUAAAAAAUUCACCCAAACAUGACUUUACACUAGAGCAAAUUGAAUCUGUAAUUCACGGCGUGUGCGAAAGCGCAUCAUGUGUCAACGGUGAUGUUGGAACCGGAAAAGCGACAAUAAUCGCUGCAAUAAUCGACAACUUGCAUCUUAACUCCUUUUACAAACGCUUCCCCCAAAUGUGCUCCAGAUUCCUUAUCGUUUGCGACACGGACGAAACAUGUCAAAAAAUUGCCAGCUACUUGAGCAUCAUCCAACCACAAUCUGUUGUGCAUUAUUCGAAUGAUACGAGUAGCCUUAUUGAAAAAAAGAAGAAGGGUGUUAAGGAAGCUCUAUCCAGAGUCCAGGAAAUAGCAAGCAUUUUGCGGAUCCCGGGCGACCAUUCUUCGAGUGUUCCAGCGGCACUCUCAUUUUUGCAGCACUUCCUCGAGCCUAUGCUCCAUGAUUAUCGCGCAAGCAUCAAAACUAACGAUGAGAUUUCUAAACGUGCUUUCCCUCUUCUAGAAGACGGGGUCUUGACAUCACCGAGUAGCGAAAUGGCCGAACGUAUUAUUGAAACCUCUUAUCAGGUAGCAGUAAUGUACGAUCAACUUCAGAAAUGGCAGUUCCUAUUUUUGAAUGGUGACUUAGAAAAAACUUUGACAGAAGCGUGCGACUUGCUGCUCAUUUCCAAAGACCGCUUCCAGAAGUGCCUCGUCGAUAAAAAGCUCAGCUUCAACUCCUUUGAAAGUUUAGUCAUAUGCAACGCCGACUUCUUCGAACCGUCAGAAAUAUGGAGAGCGCUUAGCCUCAACACUCACUGGCAAAGGACCAUUUUCUCCGGCGAUUUUACUAACUCACCUCUACCUUAUGUUGCUCGUCAGCUUUUCUCAUCAAAGUCACUUCAAUUUAGGUUGACAACUUCUUACAACACCAACCGUGAAGUUCUAAGGAUUCGAUUCCCCUAUGAGGAACAACCCGAUCCUGUACCAGUUCUGUAUUCACCAGUGCAAGUCAUCAAGACACCCGGGAAGAUUGUCAACAACAUAAACUGGGAUGAGGCGGAGUAUUGCGUGUUACUGUAUGCAUAUCUUCGCCUUGCCGGCUACCCCGCGAAGGUGAUCAGUAUCAUAGCUCUCAAUCCUUACCAGAAGUACGCAAUUGACACGGAACUCGAAGACUGGCUGCAGUUAGAACCCUCGCACAAAGAUAUAAAAAAGCCCAGCUCCAUAAGUUCUCUCGAAAACAAUCGCUCCCACAGGAAUGAUAUAGUCAUAAUCUCAACGGCCGGAAUUCAGCCAAAUGUGCCCUUUCUUUCGCGCUACGCGAGAAGAGGACUUCUGGUGUUAAGUGCAGCAGGCGACGAUCUUCAGAUUGUGGCCGGCGAGUCCUUCCCAUCAGUAAAAUCUGACAAACGUGAAGCCAGGAGAAUCCAGAACCUGGAUCAACUCAAAGGCUUGGUUGACAGCCUUCUCUGCUCCAAGAGACCUCGGAAGCAAUCACGAAAAACACACAAUGAGUGA